AUGGCAGCGCCUACUCUCUCCGCCGAUUCCACGCCAUGCUGCCCAGGCUGCGGCUACUCUUUACCUCUCGAUCACAGCCAGGUUCAACUACUUGAGGCGCAAGCCCGUAUCGAAGACCUCGAGAAUCAGGUCCGUCUACUCAAUGAAAAGGCUACAGCCGCUGUCGAUCGAUGGGCCGACUACGAAGACGAACUCUCCAACCUACGAGCCCAGCUCCCUUCCUCGGCCGCAGCGCAAAAGCAGACUCCCGCUACUCCUACAAAUGCUCGCAUGUCAUUUCUCCAGAGCGGCACCAGUCGACUCUCGUCAUUCCUCUCUCCUCGCAAAUUUCACGACCUUCCCCAAAUCGACACCAAUCCCUCCCGACCUCCCAAUGUACGCUCCAUAAGCAGCCAGUCGCACCGCCAGCAGCAACAAUCACAAGCCCAAGCACCGCCAUCGCCUUCAGCUGAAGAUCUUCUCGAAGCACUAAACCGGGAACAGUCCCUUCGAAAGGAAGCUGAAGGCAAAGUUGCUGCCACGAGCCAGGAAGUUGAAGAGCUCAGUGCUGCUCUUUUUGAGGAGGCGAACAAAAUGGUCGCUGAAGAAAGACGGGCACGUGCUAAGUUGGAGCAGCGGGUAGAUGAGCUCGAGCGAAGAGACAUGGAGAAGCGAAGAAGACUGGAGAAGCUAGAAGGAGCCAUGUCUCGGAUCGAGCGGGUGAGACUGAUGUUGGCUGAAGCAGAAGAAGACGUCGAGUCAAGCAAGAAAACGGUUCAAGAGAUUGUGGAGCUCGAAAGGCAACAGGAAGAGGAAGAGCGGAAGGAGAGAGAGCAGUCAAAAGCGAAAGCAACAGAGCACAACGACCGCGAUUCAGUCUACAGUAUAUCAACCGACGAGGGCUCAGAAAGACGGUCUAUCGACAAGCACAACGCGCAUGAUGAAUCAGAUGGCGACAAACCAAAGAAAUAA